AUGGGAAGCAGAGAUCUCAAGAGCGACAAGGGAACCAACCCGAUCAACCCGGAGUACGGCGCACCCCCGGGCUCAGUCCGAGCGCAAAAGAGAACUCCCCAACAUGAUAUCCACAUGAUUAUCGGAGGGGUUGAGGAUCCCCAAUGCCAUAUGUCCAAGCGGACAAAAACAUCCGUUAUAGAAGGAUCCACCCAGAAGCUCUUACCCAAAGAAACCCUCAUAUUCACCGAGGAGGACCUUGAGGCCAUGGGAGAACCACAUAAUGACGCUCUGGUAAUCUCAUUUCUCUUAAACAACACAAGGAUAAAGCGCGUGCUUGUGGACCCGGGCAUCUUGACCAACAUAUUCAGGUCAGGAGUGAUAGAACAGCUGGGAUUGCUCAGUCAGAUUAACACCAUCCCUCGAAUCCUCCAUGGUUUCAACAUGACCGGGGAAGAAAUGAAAGGAUAA